CCCUGGUCUUCUGCCAUGUCCGACCCCAUCACACUGAAUGUUGGCGGAAAGCUCUACACAACCUCACUGGCAACCUUGACCAGCUUCCCCGACUCCAUGCUAGGUGCCAUGUUCAGCGGGAAGAUGCCCACCAAGAGGGACAGCCAGGGCAACUGCUUCAUUGACCGUGAUGGCAAAGUGUUCCGCUACAUCCUCAACUUCCUGCGGACCUCCCACCUGGACCUGCCUGAGGACUUCCAGGAGAUGGGCCUGCUCCGCAGGGAGGCUGACUUCUACCAGGUGCAGCCCCUGAUUGAGGCACUGCAGGAAAAGGAGGUGGAGCUCUCCAAGGCAGAGAAGAAUGCUAUGCUCAACAUCACACUGAACCAGCGAGUGCAGACGGUCCAUUUCACUGUGCGCGAGGCACCCCAGAUCUACAGCCUCUCCUCCUCCAGCAUGGAGGUCUUCAAUGCCAACAUCUUCAGCACCUCCUGCCUCUUCCUCAAGCUCCUCGGCUCCAAGCUCUUUUACUGCUCUAAUGGCAAUCUCUCCUCCAUCACCAGUCACUUGCAGGACCCCAACCACCUGACUCUGGACUGGGUGGCCAAUGUGGAGGGCCUACCAGAGGAGGAGUACACCAAGCAGAACCUCAAGAGGCUCUGGGUGGUGCCAGCCAACAAGCAGAUCAAUAGCUUCCAGGUCUUUGUGGAGGAGGUGUUGAAAAUCGCUCUAAGUGACGGCUUCUGCAUUGAUUCCUCUCAUCCGCACGCUCUAGAUUUUAUGAGCAAUAAGAUUAUUCGGUUAAUACGGUACAGGUAA